AUGAAGCCCCGGGGGCUGUUCCUCCUCGUCUGGCCAUUACUGCUCCUCCUCCUCCUCUCCACAGUAUUAGGGGAGACAUUGGAUGAUUUCUUCGUUCGUCCCUCCUCUCCAGUCUGUCAUGCCUGUUUGGUCCCACAUCCGACGGCCAUCCACUGGAUUCCAUACGCGCGGCCGCCGUGCUUUCACCCCGGCCAGCCGAUAUUCAUUUGGCCAACAGCCAACGCGAGUCUACCGGUAGAAGAGCGAUGCCGCAGCCCGUCAGCCUACCACUCUGCCCAGGUUUCGGUAGAUGAGGACGGGCUCGUUUUCGCGCGAGAACGACUUUGCUUUUAUGAUACGAUCCAAGUGGUCGAAUACUCGUACGUCUGUGCCGGAACGACGCUGCACGGCCAAUUCCGACUAGGCCAUAUCCUGUUUUCGAAGCGGAGGAGGGAGAAGCGGGACAUUAGCCCCGUAGCUUCAAGGAGAACGAAAAGAAGCGUGGAAAAACGCGAAAAGAGAUGGUCCAGGCGUAGGAACCCUCACCAGGGCGCUAUUCAUUUCCAGCAGCAAAGCUACGUGAAAGAACUUGCCGAGGACGCUCCCGUCGAUACGGUAGUGGUUACGGUAUCUGCUACACAUGCUGCCGGCCACCCUCUCUAUUAUUCCAUGGCUGCACCGCAGGACGGACGAUCGCAGAAUAUUUUCACGCUCGAUACGCACACCGGGGAAAUUCGGUUGGCCAAGGCGCUGGACCGAGAAACCCUGGAUCGUCACGUCCUCAAGGUAACCGCCUUCGAGCGCCUCGACCCGUCGAUCUCCUCCUCAGCCUCAGUUGUUGUCGAAGUGUUGGAUGUCCAGGAUAACAGCCCACAGUUUGAGCGCGACUCCUAUUUUGCGGAGAUUUCGGAGGAUGCACCGAUCGGCACGACCAUCGUCUCAGUUUUUGCCCGUGAUCGGGAUGCCGGCUCGAACGGAGAAGUGGAAUACUCCUUGGAAACCGAAGCCGAGGGCUCGAACCUCCUGUCAAUUAACCCGAAUUCCGGCGUUAUCCAGACGGCGGCGGCGUUGGACCGGGAGACGUUGUCUUUGAUUCGGCUUUCCGUGAUCGCUUCGGAUAAAGGAAAGGAGCCGCUGUCUUCUCGAGCGCUGGUCGAACUUUCCAUUAAUGAUGUCAAUGAUAAUGCUCCGGUUUUUAGUCAGGACUCCUACAAUAUUACCGUAUUGGAGAAUGUGACGGUCCCGGUGGUCAUCGCCAGGUUAGAAGCCACGGAUGCAGACGCUGGAGCUAACGGCCGUGUCCACUACGGCAUGGUGACGUCUUCAGAUUUGCUUCAUGUCGAUUACAAGACUGGCGAGAUGACGAUCCUGGUCCGCGACAUUAAUGACAACACCCCCGUCUUCAAGCCGAACGAGAUGAACGUCACGCUGUCGGAGGAGACGCAGCUUGGAGCUCAGAUCGCAAUAGUACGCGCCGAAGACCGGGACGAGAACUCGAAGCUCUUCUACCGUAUCGAGCACCAGGAUCUAAACGACAAUGUGCCCGAAUUCUCUUCUUUAAACUACACGGCUACCGUAUCCGAAGAUAUCGCUGUUGGGACGUCGUUUAUUCAGAUCCUCGCCACGGACGUAGAUGCCGGCCCGAACGGAAUUGUCGACUAUUUCCUGAACACUUCCGGUCGGGGAGCCGAUCUUUUCCGGUUGGACCGGACCUCCGGGACCCUUCGAGUCAACCAGAAGCUCGAUCGUGAAAAGAUGGCAAUGAUGACGCUCCCCGUAUACGCAGAAGAUCGUGGUCAGCCUCCGCUUCGUGCUCACUCGAUGAUCACAGUGAUGCUGAUGGAUGUGAACGAUAAUGCUCCUCAAUUCUCUCAACCGUCCUAUGAUCUGUGGAUUGCAGAGAAUCAACCUGCUGGGACACUUGUGGGGACGCUGGUGGCGACGGAUCCGGAUGAGGGCUCCAACGCAGACAUCGAGUUCCGAGUUUUUGGCGGAACCGACGCGCGGCUUUUUGAGCUGGAAGCUGAUCCACAACAAAAAGGCGUGGCUCGUCUCCUCUCCCGCCAGCCUUUCGACUACGAGAGCAAGACGAACGCUUUCAACCUGGAGGUCCAGGCAUCUAGUGGCCAACUGUCGAGUACGGUACCUGUCCGAGUCCACGUUUCCGAUGUCAACGAUCAUCCACCAUCCCUCCGGCCCUCAAUUCUCUUGGUCAAUCGAAUGGCCGGUGGGCAGGGGCUUGAGCGACUUGGCUCGCUGCCAGCUUUCGAUCCUGAUCAAAACGCUACGCUGGAAUACUCUGUGGAAACCAACGAACUGCUUGCCGUCGAUCGGUACUCCGGAAAAAUCACUCUAAAAGGAGCGUGGAAGCGGAAUAUUGAUGCUCAAGUGAAAGCAUGCGUUUCCGACGGCGCAAACACGGUAUGCAAUCCACUGCGUCUACUGUAUACCUGGGUCGAAGACAACUGGCUCGGUGAAGCGGUUACCGUAUCCCUACGCACCACAACUGUCGACGACUUUUUGGAUCCGGAUGUGUACGCGAGGUUUAGGCAAAGCAUCGCUUCUCUUUCCACUUGGGCCGAGAAUUCGAUUACCGUACUCUCCAUCUUGGCCAAGAAUUCCUCGACAGAAGUAUCGUUCGUAGUUGUUGAUCGUACGAGAUUGAUUAGG